ACAAAGGCAACGUGAGGCAUUCAAGGAACCAUCCCACCCAUGACCCCACCCCCUCUCACUCUUCAGAUAAUAAACCGAGCAGCACGAUGAGCUCCUCGGGUUGUUUAGGAGAAGCUGGUGUACUAUCUGGACGGUCUACAUCCCGAGUCUCGAUGGAGGACUUCAGAGGGGGACAAAAUGCUGCUUUGGUCGUCUUGACUUUUCUCCAAGCGGACUACAGAAAUCCUGAGUACGGGAAGGAGCUUCACUCUUUGGGGAGGGAGAUCUGCCUUGCCCGCGACAUCAACGCGAACGACCCCCUGAAGGAUGGUGUGGACGAUGGAGACCUGCAGACUGACGGUCAUCAGAUCAGCUGUGUCAGGGCUUCUCUGCAGGGUCUGCAGCCUUCAGCGGAUCAGCCGUGGGCCAGAAACCGGGAUGAGGCAGGACUCCUGCGGGUUGCAGAGGAGCUGAGAGAAAUUGCAGACCAGCUGGAGCGCAAUGUGAUGGCUCAGGCGACCCAGAACCUCGGCAGGGAGAUAUCAAGCUCCCCCUUACAUCAGUGGAAAGACCACCUGACUCGUGAGGUGGAUAGGGUGAUGAGACAGGGAGUGGGUCUGGAGCAUUUGGCCCAGGAGAGGGUCGUUGUAGCCCUGACUCUGACCCUGGUGAAGGGAGUGUGCGAGCAGGCGCCACACCUGCUCAGAAACCUUUUCAACAUCGCGCUUCAGUACGUCAGCGAUGGAGGGACCAGGUGACUGUAGAGCUGAGAGGAAAUAACUGAAGAAUCAUGAAGAGGAAGAUGACUGAAUGUGAAAGUGGCUUCUGCAACCCGUUUCCUGCCGUCUGUGAUCAGGCAGAGUGCAGAGGAGUAGAAAUGAAAGGGAAGUAAUCAGUUUGUUUACAGUCAGUAUUUAAAAAAGAAGAGGUUGUGUUUAAAACUUGAAUCUUUCAUUAAUGCACUCUUUUCUUCUGACUCCGUUUACUUUGAUGAAUUGUAUCUUUUCAAAUGACGCUUGAAAUAGAUGUACUUCUUUCUUUCUUCCAUUUUUUACUUUUAGCAUGUUUAGAACAUGUAUGACUGUCAACAAAUUAAUUGUAAAAAAAUAAAUCUAUUUUUCUUGAA